AUGGAAGCAAUUCCUUUUGCGAUAGGAAACAAUGGCUUCUGUACUUUGAAUUCCAGGAGAAGAAAAUUCUCUUUAAAUAAACAAAUCAAUCUCUCUUUUCUACGUUGGGUUGCUGAGAAAAAUUCAGAGUUUGAACCAAACAAGUGUUUGAUCAUCCCUUCUCUUCCACACAGCAUCCAAUCUCCAUUCCCAACUCAUCCAAUUUAUUCAUUCGAUUCUAAUGCAAAUCCGAGAACUAGACGACAGGAAGAUGAUUUAUGGUAAAUGGGCGCCGGAUUUGGUGUGAGGAUGAGAGAAUUAUCUGUCAUGGAAAUUGGGCUUAUGGAUUCAGAUUCGCUGGAAAGGCGCGUCGUCGAAUGCAUUUUCCGUUUAAGAUUGGCAUUCGAUUCGUUUUCUGUCGCAUCCGAAGCAUUUUCAGAGCAAAGCCUUGCUAUCCUGAUGGGCGUCCAAAGGCAGCAGCUUUGAAAGGUCUGUUUUUUUUUUUCUCUUUCGAUCAUCAUCGCAAUGAAUUGGGGGAGUGGAUUGUUGUUGCCAGUGGAUGGACACCAUAGGAAAAUGGAAAUGGCUGCCGCCGCUGACGCGGCCGAUGACUAUUACGUCGAGAAAGAUCCGACUGGUCAAUAUGUCCGGUAUGAAGACAUCUUGGGCAAUGGAGCAUUCAAGACUGUCUACAAGGCAUUUGAUGAAGUUGAUGGAAUAGAAGUAGCUUGGAACCAAGUGACGAUUGAUGACAUGUUGCAGUCACCAGAAACAAGAGUCGUUGGGAAAAGGGGCGUUCAAAUAUUUUAAGGAGAAUAUAUAUACUAUACAACUCGACUCUCCCUUGUCGUGUGUGUGGGGGUUUCCUAGAGUUUCCCAAAGACGAGGUCAGGGUUAGGGUCCAUUACAAAGAACCUACUUUUUACUAGUUGAAACUUUUGGCUCCAAAACUUCAC